AUGAUCGACUCCAGGAUAUACGAUCCGGAUCCCGGUCCUGCGCUUAGGAUUGUGCCGGGCGCGAAUCCGCCGGAAACCGAUCCUCCGCUGCACGUACCGAAUGGGCCGUUUCCAAGGACGACCUCUCCCUGCAUGCAGGAAAGGUUCGAUCGUACGCCGAUAUACGACAAUUUGACGACCAAUGUUCCCGACAUCGCCAUGUGUUUCUCGGAUUCUCGAUUUCCAUACGGCCCUUUCGUGCCCCAUUGGGUCCCGAGGCAUUACAUUGAGAAUUACUUCUCGCUCCACCGGACCGACUCACUGCUCGUUCUCAACACGACGGUCGAAGAUCUUUCGAAAAUCCCCGGGACCCAGCGGUGGAAGCUUACGCUUCGGCGGAAAGACUCUGUGAGACAUGUCGAUGUGUGGUGGGAGGAGGAGUUCGACGGCGUGAUUCUGGCAAAUGGUCACUACUCUGUGCCAUUUGUCCCUCAAGUCGACGGCCUCGAAGAGUAUAUCCGCUUGUUCCCAGGACGAAUAUCUCACUCCAAGUCUUUCCGGAAUGCACUCGCUCAUCAUGACAAGACGGUCCUGGUCAUCGGCAACUCAGCCUCCGGGCACGACGUCGCCGCCGCUUUGGUUGGCUCAGUACGAGGGCCCGUGUAUCAAUCCCGCAGGUCGCGCAGUCGCUGGGAGGGCGACAAGCCUGCCCCUGGGAUCGAAUGGAAGCCCGUAGUCAGAAAGUACCUUCGUACAGGCGACAUCGUGUUCGACGACGGCUCCGUCCUUUCCGACGUCGACGCCGUCAUCUACUGCACGGGGUUUAAAGCCUCGUUCCCGUUCUGGAACGACCACGCCAAUGGCGGUCCGAUCUGGAAUUACGAGCAAAGUCGCCUCAUCGGAAGCUAUUGGCAUACCUUCUUCAGGGACUUCCCCACAUUAGGUGCAGUGGGGGUGCCCCGUGUGCUUACAUUCCGCUCGUUCGAGUACCAGGCCGUUGCGUUGGCGCGGGUCUUUGCGGGAAGAAAUACACGGUCGUUACCGCCCAACGAGGAACAAGAACGAUGGGAGCGCGAGAGAUGGAGGCUCGUGAGUAGCGAGCACAGGAAGUUUCACGACAUUCUCUGGGAUAAUGGCGAGACCAUGGACUGGCUGAGGGGCUUGUACGAUUUGGCGGGGUUGCCGACUCUGGAGGGCCGCGGGCGAUAUCCGCCUGUGUUGGGCGACGAGACGAGAUGGGCGAUUGACCAUUUGAGGAAGUAUCCUGAGCCGGGGAGGGAGAGCUGCGAGGACUCCGGAGAGGGCGUGGAUGGAUGGACGGUCGUGCAGCCUGGAGCAGCGAAGGACAGUUUGCAAUUUAUCUAG